CUAUCUAGAACGAUCCAGCAACCCCAAACGAUCUGGCAGUGACGGUUUUUCCCGGCUUCCUUCAGCAGUUUCUGUCUGAUAGGCAGAGACGGUACAUCCGCAGUGAACUGCCAGUCAUCCCCCCAUUUUGUGGUCGAGAUUUCUAUACGGAUUUGUUUUCUUUUUUUGAAACAAAAAAAAUGCUGUGCUUUGAAGAAGAAGAAAAUUCGCAUCUUUAGAGAGAGAGGAAGAUGAUAGUCAUUCGUCGAGUUCUGUGCUUUGAAUUAGAUUCGAAUUAGGGGAAAAUAAUCGUCUGCCGGCAUCAUAAAGGAUUUUAAAAGGCAGAAUGAAUCCCCCCGGCGGAUCAUUAGACGAAGCGCCCCGUGACCCCGGCGCUCGGGCUGCUCACCACAGCUACACAGACAAAGAUUUUGAAGGCCACAGAGCUCAUACAGUCUACGUAGGCUUACAUGUUCCUGGUUACCACAGGCGGAGUCAUCACAGAAGACAUAGGCACCAUCAUAAAAAUGGUCAUAAGAAGAAAGAAGAUGGAACGUCCGUGGAAUACCCUCAUGACAUACACAGGCCUGUCACCCCACCUGCUGAGAGAGUUCACUUCAUCCUUGGUGAAGGUGAAGAUGAUGGCCUUCAUGAAUCUCACCCCCUCUUCAGUGAGAUGGAAGAACUCCACUACGAGGGGGACGAAAUGGAGUGGAGGGAAACUGCCAGGUGGAUUAAAUUUGAGGAAGACGUGGAAGAGGGAGGCAAUCGAUGGUCUAAACCUCACGUAGCUACAAUAUCUUUGCAUUCUCUUUUUGAGUUGAGAAGCUGCAUUCUCAAUGGGACAGUUAUGCUUGAUCUUGAGGCAAAUAAUUUAGAUCAAAUAUCUGACCUUGUGUUAGAAAAUCUCAUUAAUGCUGGUCAACUACAGGUGGAGAACAGGGACAGAAUAAAAGAAGCCCUGUUGAGACGUCACAGGCAUCAGCAUGAGAGAAAGCAUGACAAAGUGGACAAAGGAUCCAGGCUACCUCUGAUACGUUCCUUAGCAGACAUUGGCCGGAAUUCGAGUAAAAGCAUGUUCGGUUCCAGCACCCAAUUAGAUAAGGAUGCGUCAGGCUCGUCUCCGCCGUCAACUCCCGUCAAUCCUGCAGUGGCUGGUGAAACAAAACCAAACUUUGCCAAAUACCUUGGCCUUCCUGGCAGUGCACCAAACACAACGCAAGACACAAUAGUGAAGAGUCCGAGCUGCUCCUCAUUGAACCUCGGUGGGAAUUACUCAAAUUCCAGUCAAAGUAAUUCUCAUAACAUUAGUGAUAUAUCUGGGAAUUCCACAAGCUCUGCAGACCUACAACACAGGCUUAAUCAGGCUUUCAUGAAGAAAAUCCCUCCCGGAGCUGAGGCCUCCAACAUUCUGAUAGGAGAAGUAGACUUCCUUGACCGUGCCAUUAUCGCUUUUGUCCGUCUCAAUCAGGCCUGCAACUUGGGGGAUCUGACCGAAGUACCUGUUCCUACUCGAUUUUUAUUCAUACUUUUGGGUCCCUCUGGGAAUUUAGGCCGCUACCAUGAAAUUGGUAGAGCAAUGGCUACUCUCAUGUCAGAUGAGGUAUUCCACGAUGUUGCGUACAAAGCUAAGAGCCGGCAAGACUUGCUUGCUGGUGUCGAUGAGUUCUUGGAUGCAGUUACUGUGCUUCCUCCUGGCGCCUGGGACCCUAGUAUACGAAUCGAACCACCUCAGUCAUUGCCAUCUCAGGAAGCUAGAAAAAAGACUGAAGUUCAAGAAAUCAAAAUUGAUGAAGAAGAAGAAGAGGAAAAAGAGCGAGAAGAAAGUGGCUUAACACGCUCAGGACGACUAUUUGGUGGCCUUAUUAAUGAUGUGAAACGCAAACUCCCCUGGUACCUGAGUGAUUUUACAGAUGCUUGUGCACUCCAGAGUGUUGCUUCCAUAUUCUUUUUGUAUUUUGCUUGCCUAACGCCCAUCAUCACAUUUGGUGGACUCCUGGGGGAUGCUACGGAAGAGAGAAUCGCUGCCAUGGAGAGCCUCAUGUCUGGCGCCAUCUGUGGUAUUCUCUAUGGAUUGUUUAGUGGUCAACCGUUGACCAUCUUGGGAAGCACUGGUCCUGUUCUAGUCUUUGAAACAAUAUUAUAUGAUUUUUGCAAAGAGAAUGAUCUAGACUACUUACCAUUACGUCUAUGGAUAGGGCUGUGGACCGCUGCUGUGCUUAUAACUCUAGUCGCCCUCGACGCAAGCGCUUUAGUUUGUUACAUCACUCGAUUUACUGAAGAAAAUUUUGCCACCCUUAUUUCACUCAUAUUUAUUUACAAAUCAGUUGAAAAAGUUUUGGACAUUGGACACUACUACCCCCUCGUCUCCUCUUCGAUAUCAUUCCCAGCUGAGUGCGUAUGUUCUCCGUCAAACGGUACUACCAGAGAAAUAUUUGAUAGCAUUGAGUGGAGCAACCUAAACAGAACUCACUGUGAGUGGUACAAUGGUACCAUGGUAGGAUCUGGAUGUAUCACAACCUAUCCUGACGUCUACUUAUUUUCUAUCAUUCUUUAUGCCUGCACAUUUGCCAUUGCAGUGUUUCUGAAACAGUUUAAAACCACUCCAUUUUUCCCUUCUAAAGUACGAAGUACAGUCAGCGACUUUGCUGUUGUGAUAGCUAUUCUUUUAAUGACUCUUGCUGAUAUUGGUGUUGGUCUGAAGACUCCUAAACUGCAAGUUCCAGAAAAGUUUCAGCCAACAUGGCACGGACGUACCUGGCUUAUUACUCCAUUUGGUCAGAGAAAUCCUUGGUGGACAUCACUUGUUGCAAUUUUGCCUGCACUCUUGGCAACUAUCUUGAUUUUUAUGGAUCAACAGAUUACUGCAGUCAUUAUUAACAGACAUGAAAACAAGUUGAAGAAAGGUUGUGGUUAUCACUUAGAUUUAUUUGUGUUGGCUAUAUUAAUUGCAAUAUGCUCCAUCUUUGGUCUCCCGUGGUUUGUUGCUGCAACCGUGCUUGCCAUGACGCACGUCAAUUCUUUGCGGAUGGAAUCUGAGUGCUCUGCUCCAGGAGAGAAACCUCAUUUUUUGGGAGUUAGGGAGCAGAGAGUUACACAGAUAGUGAUUUUUGCUCUGGUUGGUCUAUCAGUUCUUUUUACUUCUGUUCUUCAGUAUAUCCCAAUGCCUGUGUUGUAUGGAGUAUUUCUUUACAUGGGAAUAUCUUCUCUUCAAGGAUCUCAGUUCUUUGAUAGAAUGCUGAUAGUUUUCAUGCCACAGAAAUAUCAACCUGACUAUAUUUUCUUGAGAAGUGUGCCAACUAAAAAAGUUCACUUUUUCACAUGUAUUCAAUUGGUCUGCUUAAUUAUCUUGUGGCUGAUCAAAUCUUACAAGCCUACAUCUAUAACAUUCCCUCUAAUGUUGGUGGUGAUGAUUGGUGUUCGUAAACUUCUGGACUUUGUCUUUACUCAAAGAGAAUUAAAGAUAUUGGAUGAUGUGAUUCCAGAAUCUGCAAAACAGUCAAGGAUGAAUGAGGAGGAAACACUUGAAGAAACAGAGGGUGGUCUGAAGCCAAAUGCUAGUUCUGGUAAUGUUGCUAUUACAUUGGCUAAUGGCAACAUUCUCAAGGUUCCAGUGGAAAAAUUCAAAGAUGAUCCCGACCAAUCUGCUAUCAACAUAUCAGAACAACUCAACAAAUCUGGAAUUUGGCAGAGUAUUGAUCAGAAAGCGCAAAACGUCCCGGUUGUCAAUGAGCCUAAAGUCAACAAUUCCUCGAAUAAAAAGAAGCGUGGCAAGAAGAAAGAUGCCAUUUGCGAUGAAGAGCACAAGCGUCUGUCUACUAUGGCCGAGGAAGACGACGAAGACGAUUGCGGAAUCAUGAUCAGAAUCGAUGCCCCUACACCUACUCCCUCUAAUGUCACUUCUGCUCACAGCUCCCCCAAGCACUCCAGAAAAGGUGGGGAUCAGAACGAGACAUCAGUGUGAGAAGAACAAAGAAGCCUUUUUGUGAAUUGCACGUAUCCACACCUGCCGAACAGCUCAUUAGUAGUGUGUAAAUAAAGGAAAUCAGAGGGGGUAGAGCAACAGCGAGUGUGUAAAUUUAGUCUUCCGCAACGAAGCAUCAGUGUGCGUGUGUGAAAGUGUUUUUAGACCGGAAAAUGUUGUUUAGUACAAACCUUACGCAUGAACAUCAUGGUUAGAAAGAAUAUAAUUUUUAUCAUCUUAUUAAAAUUCGUUAUUGCGGUUUGUAAAUUAGGAAUUGCAUUCAAUAGGGAAAAAUAUGCUAGGAUAUUUUUUUAAGCUUAAAUUUUUAGAGUUUUAGAAAUUUUUUUUUUUAAAUAAAAUGUUUCUGUUACUAGAAAAAAAUUACUUACAUUGACAUCCCCAGAAUUGAUAAUACACACUCACAUUGCAUCUGAAUUCUGUUAUGGGAGCUAUGGUUCAUAUCCUGCUUCAGUUCAACAAAAACAAAUUUCUAUCCAUUUAGUGCAAUAAUUAUACUUAAAUUAAAAUAGUAUUUUACCUACUUAUUUGAAUUUGAGGAGGGCAAGAUUUGAGUUUUAGAGAAUAAUCUGAUCUUUUGGAAAUAAUUUGAAUAUAUACCUAGCUUGUGAAGAGCAAAUGUGUUUAAAAAACCCAACAUUUGGCUGCAUUUAAUUUCAAUACAUUCUAAAUAACAUUUUAAAAAGUACUGAUAUUUAAAACCUUUUUUGGCUUCAGAUUAAUAAUUAAAUGGAAAUAAAUAAAGACAAGGCAGAUUUUUAUUAAUAUUUCUGCCAUUGCUGAAAGAGUAAGAAAUUAUCAGUAACGUAUAUAAUGCAAAUAAUUCGAAUAGCACUUUUUUCUAAAAGCAGUGAACUCUUAUCUUUUAGACUAAUUCAGUGAGGCAUAAUAAUUGUAGCUCCCAUCGAACAACUGAGUGUGCACUCAAUUUUAAAAGCAAUUGUGUGUUUUGUUUCAUUAUUUUAAUUGUAUUAACUAUUUGUAUAUAUGUUAAAUCUAUUGGUUUUAUAGACAAAUUUGUUAUCACAUUAAAAAAUUUUAAAUUAAAUCACUUGAGGUUUGUACAGUUUUAUUUUAACUUUGUGAGACUUUUUUUUAAGUGUGAAGCAUAUUUAAUUUAUUGAUCUCUCAUUAAAUUAUUAGAAUUUCAAGAUUUCAUGUAUAGCUGUUGCUAUAAUCUAUGGUGACUAGGAAUCAACCUGAAUAUAGUUAUAGCGAUAUCUUGAGGAAAUCUUAAUUUGCAUUUGUGUGAAAAGUGUAAAAGAUUGUAUGAUUUAAAAAAUUAGUAUUAUAUGUAAUGAAAGUAUUGUAAGUAUUUUUCGUAGUUUAUUUAUGUUUUUUGACACUUUUUAUUACUUUUUUAACUUAAAUUAUUAUAUAAUGUAUUAAGUAAAAUUUUAUUUUAAAAAAAGUUCUAUGUUUUUCCAUUUAAUCCAUACAUUAUAAAAUGCAUGAUUAAAAAUAAAAUUAUUCUCUAGAUACUAUUUUCUCACUAUGCAAUAAAUAAAUAAAAUUAAAAAAAUACGCAUAUGUAACUAUAGAUGCAUGACUGUUAAAGCAAACCUGUACAUUUUAUUUCUUUGCAGGCUAGCUAUCUCUAACUAAUUAUAAAUUCUGAUGAAUACUAAAUAUUUUUGCGCAAUAUGUCUUAUUUUUGUUUUAAAUAUUUUACUCUACAUUAAAUAUUUAUAUCAAAAACUUUUAAAAAUGGGGUAAUAAAAAAUAAAUAUUAAGUUUUAGAAUGAUUGAUAGAACAGUUGGUAAAAAAAUUUACUUGUUAUAAAAUCAUUAUUUUUAGGUUUUAUUAUAAGAUUUCAUUAUUUCUAAUAUUUUAAUGCGGAAUUUAAACUAUACAAAAAAAACUGAAUUUAUAAAUUAAAUUUAAAAUUGUGGAUAUUAUUUUGCAGAAUAUUGUUCUUCCAAUUUUGUUUCUGUGUUACUUCCACUCAUAUUUUGUAUGUUUAAAAAUCUUACUUAAGAUACUCAUUCUAUGAACUAUUGUCUGAUUCAUCAUUUAGUUUCUGUAUUAUUAUUUUAAUAUAAAAUAAAAAUAAAUAUUCCUUUUU